GGAGUUAGAUCUUCAAAGAUUUUGACACCUUCUGUUAAUGAAGGAGUUUUUGGUUAGCUGGAGAACAGACUUGGCAUGGUUCCAGGCAGAGAUAUAAAGUGCAUGAGAUUUUGGUGAUGAAAGGCUUAAGUACCUUUUGUGAACCACCUCUCUAUCAUGUAUAGCAUAAGAACAAGCUGUGGUGAACCAAGGUUUGGAAGGUCGAGGAAAAGAGUGAGGAAUGUACGCCUCCAUGCCAGACACUAUCACCUCUGUUAUGCGCUCAGCACACAAAGACGGGUCUCCGACACGGAAGUCAUUCCAAGGAAAAUCAGCAAAAUACCCCCAACUAACAGAAUCAAAUUGCCAGCGGCACCUCCGCUUAGGGGGAUCCUGAGGAGGGAUUGGAGUGAUAAGAAGAAGAUAUGAAAUUGUGAUUGGAGGAGCCCAAUGGAGAAGAGAGGGUAACAGCAUAAGCAGAAAGAUUAGAGGUCAAGAAAAGAUCAAGAAUGUUGGGUGUAUCUCCAAGACGGUCAGGAAUACGAAUAGGGUGUUGCACCAAUUGCUCUAGGUCAUGGAGGAUAGCAAAGUUGUAGGCUAGUUCACCAGGAUGGUCAGUGAAGGGAGAGGAAAGCCAAAGCUGGUGGUGAACAUUGAAGUCUCCAAGAAUGGAGAUCUCUGCAAAAGGGAUGAGGGUCAGAAUGUGGUCCACUUUGGAAGUUAAGUAGUCAAAGAAUUUCUUAUAGUCAGAGGAGUUAGGUCAGAGAUAUACAGCAUCAACAAAUUUAGUUUGAGAGUGACUCUGUAGUCGUAGCCAGGUGUUGGAAAACUCGGAAGGUUCAAGAGCGUGAGCACAAGAGCAGGUUAAGUCAUUGCGCACAUUAACGCUACAUCCAGCUUUGGAUCGAAAAUGAGGAUAGAGAAAGUAGGAGGGAACAGAAAAGGGGCCACUGUCAAUUGUGUCAGACACCUGAGUUCCAGUGAUGAAAAGAAGAUGAGGUUUAGAAGAGGAGAGGUGGUGUUCUACAGAUUGAAAAUUAGAUCUUAGACCGCGAUUGUUGCAGAAGUUAAUGAAGAAAAAGUUGAGAGAGGGGUGUCAAGACACUUAAGGUCGUUGUCAAAAGGGCAGUCCGACCUGGGGACAUUUCUGGUCACCUCCUCAGAUGAGGACUCCGAGGCAGGUAUAAGAGUCGCCAUGAUAAUUUUGAAAUUUUGAGUGAAGGGUGUGUGUGUUAUUAGGUGCUUGUAGUUUUGUGUGGAGGAAGAGAGUUGUCUUUAGAGGGCAGGCUGUGACUGCCCCCUUGUGUUGUGAGACACAAAGGGAAACGUUCAGUGAGGUCACAGCUGGGCUUAGUGAUAAGUUCACAGCACACCCAGAACAGUGCUGCACACCUCACUGGGAGUAAUUAUCGUUUCGGCAGGUGCCUACUGCCUCCUCCUGUGUACUGCCUCCUCCUCUGUAUGUGUGUGUGUGUGUGUGUGUGUGUGUGUGUGUGUGUGUGUCCAUGUCUUUGUGUAUGUGUGUGUGCGUUUGUCCAUGUUGAUUUGUGUGUGUGUGUGUGUGUGUGUGUGUGUGUGUGUGUGUGUGUGUGUGAUUCACGUACGGUCGUCUGCUGGUCACCCAGCCAGCCAUUCCGCUAUAGAAGGAGCUCAGAGUUCAUAGUGGCAGAUCUUUUGGGUAGGACUGAGACCACUGACACACCACACACCAGAACAGCGAGGUUACAGGCCCUCAGGUUACAUCCCAUACCUACUUGCUGCUAAGUGAAUAGGGGCUACACAUUAAGAGGUUCGCCCAUUUGCCUCGGCGCGCCCGGGAUUCGAACCCGGGCCUUCUUGGUUGUUAGCCGAGCGUGCUAACCUCUACACAACAUGGUGUGUGUUUGUGUGUGUGUGUGUGUGUGUGUGUGUGUGUGUGUUUGAUUUUUUUUUUUUUUUAUGUAGGAGGGACACUGGCCAAGGAUAACAAAAAUCAAAUAAAAAAAAACCCACUGAGAUGCCAGUUCCCAAAAAUGGUCCAAAGCGGUAGUAAAUAAAAUUGGUGGAUAAGUGUCUUGAAACUUCCCUCUUGAAGGAAUUCAAGUCAUAGGAAGGUGGAAAUACAAAAGCAGGCAGGGAGUUCCAGAGUUUACCAGAGAAAGGGAUGAAUGAUUGAGAAUACUAGUUAACUCUUGCAUUAGAGAGGUAGACAGAAUAGGGAUGAGAAAAAGAAGAAAGUUGUGUGCAGCGAGGCUGCGGGAGGAGGGGAGGCAUGCAGUUAGCAAGAUCAGAAGAGCAGUUAGCAUGAAAAUAGCGGUAGAAGACAGCUAGAGAUGCAACAUUGCGGAGAUGAGAGAGAGGCUGAAGACAGUCAGUUAGAGAAGAGGAGUUGAUGAGACGAAAAGCUUUUGAUUCCACCCUGUCUAGAAGAGCAGUAUGAGUGGAACCCCCCCAGACACGUGAAGCAUACUCCAUACAUGGACGGAUAAGGACAUUGUACAAAAUACUUGAAAAAGCAAUAGCAAAGAGACUGACUGCAUUAAUAGAAUCAUUCAACCUGCUUUCAAGCAAUCAAUUUGGAUUCCGCAAAAAAUAAAUCCACAGAAACAGCAAUACUGAAGUUUACAAGUGAAAUAUACAAGAAUAUGGAGAGAAAGAACCAUGUAGUAGGGGUUUUCUUGAUAUGAGUAAAGCAUUUCACUCUAUUGAUCAUAACAUAUUAUUAGACAAGCUAGAAAACAUUGGAGUUAGAGGAUUACCACUAAAAUUGUUUGCUAGUUACCUGUCAGGUAAGAAACAGUCUGUAUUUUGUAACAAUUAUAUGUCAAAUAAAAAAAAAAACUAUUAUUAAGGUGUGCCACAAGGUUCUAUUAUUAGGUCCUAUAUUAUUUCUGACAAACAUCAAUGAUAAAUGUAAUGUUAGUGAUAUGCUUAGUUACGUUCUAUUUCUCGAUGAUACAAGCCUUCUUCUAACAGAUAGUGAUUUGUGUAACUUAAAUAUAAAAUUAAAUCAAGAAUUGCAUAACAUAUUCAAAUGGGUAACCGCAAAUAAAUCAACAGUAAACAUUAAUAAAACUAACUUCAUAUUGUUUCAAAGACGCUCUGUUGUCAGUAAUUUCGGAACAGUUUCCUAUGGAGGCUGAGCUUAAUCGUGUUUCUUCUACAAAAUUCUUAGGAGUUAUUAUUGAUGAAAAUUUUAACUGGAAAAAGCAUAUACAAUCGGUGUGCUCAAAUUUAUCAAAAACUUGUGGAAUUUUAUUCAGAAUUAAGUACAAUGUAACAAGUGAAGCCUUACGCAGCUUAUAUCAUUAAUUAUGUUAUCCAUACCUUAUUAACUGUUCAUUGAUCUGCGGCUGUACUUGGCCUACAGUUGUGAAUGAUAUCUUUGUAGCACAAAGGAAAAUAGCAAGAACCAUUGUCUUUAAAAGUAAAUACGACUCCACUGACUUACUGUUUAAUGACUUAAAUAUACUAACCUUCGACCUCUUAAAGAAAUAUUUCAUAGCGCUGACCAUAUAUAAAAAUGUUAAUGGUAAUGAUUCAAAUAGCAUAAUGUCUAAUGUAUUCCACCAUAGCCAAGGUACCCGAGGAAAUCGUAAUAAUAUGAUUUGCCCACAGGCAAGAACUAGUCUGUAUACAUUUUUCCACACACUGUGUUGCUCCUAAAGUAUGGAACGUAUUGCCUGACGAUAGAAAAAAAAAAAAAAGUUUUUUCAAUAUUUUCAAAAGUAAAAUGAAAAAGUUCCUAUUUAAUAGUCUAAGUCAAAACUAGGAUCUGUAAUAAAGUUUUAGUAUUUUUUUACACAUGAAUGAUGUAGCUUGUUACAAACAUAACUUAUCUUAAGGAUAUUAGUUCCUAAAAAAUGGUGCAAUAAUAUUAUUUCUUUUCUACUGUUCUAUAUGAUUUGUAUUGUUGCCCUGCCCUCUAUAUAAGUUGCAUUUAUAUGUAUAUCACUCCUCUGUCUGCUAGGGAGCCUCGGCUCAGCGGGCUAGUGCCCCAUUAAUCAUGUAAUGCUUCUUCUCUGUAAAAAAAAAAAAAAAAUGCUACUCUGGACAAUAAACAAUCAAUCAAUUAAAUUAAAAAAAAACAAACAAAAUUAAGUUAGCAGCUGGAGGGGUAAGAAAAACUGGCGGAGACAUCUCAGAACACCUAACUUCAUAGAAGCUGUUUUAGCUAGAGAGGAGAUGUGAAGUGUCCAGUUCAGAUUAUAAGUAAAGGACAGACCGAGGAUGUUCAGUGUAGAAGAGGGGGACAGUUGAGUGUCAUCCUCUUCGACACUGAACAUCCUCGGUCUGUCGUUUACUUAUAAAGGACAGGUGUGUGUGUGUGUGUGUGUGUGUGUGUGUGUGUGUGUGUGUGUGUGUCACUUGGGUGUUUUUACAAUGUCGUUUCCCUGAUCCAGAGGGGUGAGAUGGUACCUCUCUUUGAACAGCCUGUCUGUUGUCCGCCUGUUGGGACUGGCUGGGUUCUGAGCACAGCAAGGGACCUGCGGUAAAUUUGUGUGUGUUGGCUUUUAUUUUCAAUAUCCUUUCUUUUGUUUUUCAGUGUGCUCCUUUUUCUUUCUGUUUUCUUCAUUAUGUAUGUUUUUAUUUGAAUUUCAGGAGUGACAUUUUGUUUUCUACAAUUAGCAUGUAUUGUCAUCUUAUUGGCCGAGUCUACCUUGAAAAGGAACACGUUUUUCUUAGUGUCCCCCAUGUUCCGGUUACCUGCCUUGCGGACAUUAUUCUUAAUAUUGGUUAUAAGUUAGUGUAAGGCUUAUUUACUCAUUUUAUAUCAUGUAGUAUUAUUCUCUUCAUAACUUAAGUUCUCUAUAUCUUUUUAUGUAUAAGGGAGGAAAUAUUUUGAGGUGGAGAUGUGUUGAAACAAGGGGAGAUUGAGCGGGCAACAACACAUUCCAAGGAGGGGAAGACAGAGCGCCUUAGGUCGUGAGGUAGAACGGAGAGGAGGCGUCUCUCAGGGACGUCACGUCUUGUGAGGUGUGAGGAGAGGAAAUAUGGGAAUUAUCGUUUGGGGACGCGGUGAUGGCGUCUGAGUAAAUUCCGGCGGAUGAGGGAAAUAAUUCAGUGGGUGGUGGAGGAGUGGGCGGUGGAGGUGUAAAUGGGUUGUGGUCCUGUGUGAAGUGACGAGAACGUCAUAUAUUAACGUGUACUACCUCAUGUUGCUUGUGAAUUAUCAUUAGUAUCAAUAUAUGUGGUUGUAACAUAGAACAAUCGUAUUUUCUACCCCCCCAACACUGAUCUGGUAUUUGAGGUGAUUCCAGGUGUGCUGCGUUAAGGUAAGCGUACAAUGAGAGGGUGUAACUCUAGCGAUUUCCGAUAGGUCGGGUAGGCACUCGAAGCCUUUAAAAAUCCAGACCUUUAAAACUUUCCUGGAUCAGUGUUCCGUCCACUUUCUUGGAGAGAUAACCGGGAUCGUACGAUCGUAAGUGAGUAGCGAUCGUAACAGUAUAUAACAAUGAUUUAUGAAUGAGUAGCUAUUCUUUAUUCAAAAUAGAGACACUACAUUCAGUUACAUAUUCUGAGUCAUACAACUACAUAAAAGACCUUUUUUUUUAUCGAUCUGAGAGAGAGAGAGAGAGAGAGAGAGAGAGAGAGAGAGAGAGAGAGAGAGAGAGAGAGAGAGAGAGAGAGAGAGAGAGAGAGAGAGAGCACGUUUAUUAAAAAAAAAAAAAAAAGUCACUAGAGGGUGCAUGACCUUAAGAAAACAUGAAUCGAAAGGACUGGUGUGUUGUAGCUUGGACACCUGAGAGUGGCCAAGGCUGUGGUGCAGGUGAUUCAGGCGACACCAGUGUUCUAGAAUGUACAUGUUGUGUGAUCUGUCUCUGUGUCUACUGGCAGGUUACCUCAGAGCAACACACGCCCCACAUCCCACCAUGGCAUCCAAUCCACAUCACCUCGUGAAAGAAUUUCUUGAGGCAAUUCAACACCACCCAACAGCGGCCGCCCACCGCAAGAAUGAGCAGGAGAAGAUCCGAGCGUAUGGGGAGAGAAUCCAACACGUUGACCAGGGCAGCUUCACACCUCUGGUCUUCACCACAUCUGGCGGGAUGGGCUCCAAGGCUCAAUGCUUCUACUCAAGACUAGCCGACCUAAUGGCAGAAAAAGAAGCACCAGCCAAGGAGCCAUGUCGUCGCAUGGAUGAGGUGCCGUCUCUCAUUCUCCCCCCUCAGAUCUGCCCUCCUGUGUCUCAGGGGGACAAGGCAUUCCACUCCCAUACCUGCAGACUUAGGAGGCCUCGACUGCGAGGCUACAGUGGUGGAGAGUGGCAUAAGAGUAGAUAGAGUAGAGGUAGAAUGAAUUUAUAGUUAACAACUAAUGUGUAUAUUAUAGAGUAUUAGAUAUGGUUGGAUGCCACAGUCAUUAGCGGGAGCUGGGGCUAAUGACCUCCAAGUAAUGGAGCCCCUAAUUGACAUAUCAAUAAACAUGGGGUGGAGGUAUUAUUCUUUGUAGUAGUA